ACACAUCAAAGCUCUCCCUAACACACUAAUCUUAAGCAAUGGCCUCCAAAUAUGCUUACUCAUACUCUCUGGCCUUCUUCUUCAUUGCUACAAUAGUUUCAGCUCAGCUAUCAUCGACGUUCUACGACACGUCAUGCCCCGGAGCAUUUCACAUAAUAAAAUACAUUGUCAAUGAUGCGGUUGCUAAAGAGAAACGCAUGGGAGCUUCGUUGCUUCGACUUCAUUUCCACGAUUGCUUCGUCAAUGGUUGCGAUGGAUCCGUGCUGCUGGAUGACACCCCCACCUUCACUGGUGAGAAGACUGCCUCACCCAACAACAACUCCAUACGAGGAUUCGAUGUGAUCGACACCAUGAAAUCUCAUGUCGAGGCGAUAUGCCCACAAGUCGUGUCAUGUGCUGAUAUCCUAGCUGUGGCUGCUCGCGAUUCUGUUGUUGCGUUGGGUGGACCUUCAUGGACUGUUCAACUAGGAAGAAGAGAUGCGACAACCGCAAGCUUCAGUGCAGCAAAAAGUGACAUCCCUAAGCCGACUUUUGAUCUUAGUGCUCUAAUAUCAUCCUUCUCAAACAAGGGUUUAAGUACAGCAGAUAUGAUAGCUCUCGCAGGGGCCCAUACAAUAGGCCAGGCUCGAUGCAUCUCAUUCCGGAACCGUAUCUACAAUGAGACCAACAUCGACUCGUCCCUCGCCACCUCCCUGCAGUCCAACUGCCCCUCAUCAGGCGGAGACAAUAAUCUCUCCCCUCUUGACGCAUCAACCCCAACUGUUUUUGACAAUUACUACUACAAAAAUCUGGUGAACAAUAAGGGCCUGUUGCACUCAGAUCAGCAGCUCUAUGAUGGCGGCUCAACCGACUCACAAGUCACAACCUACUCUCAGAAUAUGGUUAAGUUCUAUACUGACUUUGCUGCCGCCAUGGUGAAUAUGGGGAACAUUAGUCCUCUCACUGGAUCUAGUGGGGAGAUAAGGACCAACUGUCGGAAGACUAAUUAACUAAGAGUGUAAGCAUCUAAAAGUAUUCAAGAGAAGGUAGAAGUUUACCUUCUCUUGGAAAUUUUACUGUCUUAAGUGUUGUGUUGUGUUAGUAAAGUUCUAAGAAGAAAUAAAGUUGCUUGUUUCAUGUAGGUUGUGUGGUUAUUCCAUGCACUUUGUUGCCUUUAAUGAAAGGGCAUGUUUUUCAGUUAACAAGAAGAUGAUUAAAGCAA